AUGCUGUGUUUUUCUUCCAGGUUGACCAUGCCAGGUCCGGGUUGGCAGCUUCCAGGUGGUGCAAGGUACUGUUGUUGUUUUGUUAGAACAGCAGAGGAGAAUUUUGCUUCAAGCAGGAACUCAGAAGUAGCACUGUGUGCCAGGGUUUGUUGGGUCUCGGAAAUCUGCGAGCCAUCGGAUUUUGACAUGCCUGUCUGCGGUGCUGGCAAAGCUACGACACCGCUGCAUCGCUAUGCCAGAUUCCUGGCAGAGCAAAAACCGGUGGAUGCCGAAGAAUCCUUGCCUCUGCAUUUCCCGAUGUACACGCUGCCCCUUGCACGACUGAUGGAAAUGACGGAAGUGGAGCCGCAUGAGGUGCUCGAGAACAGGGGAUUGUUGGUGGAGUUCGAAGAGAGCCUCGGAAGGGCGUUGUUCGUAUCACACCAGUGGGUUGGAGAGAAGCAUCCGGAUCCCGAGUUCAAACAGUUGCGGGUUCUGCAGGAUGCAUUGGAACAUGCACUCUCAGACAUGCGGUACAUAUCCCUGGACCUUAACACAGAGUUCCUUGUACCGGGCGUAGAAUGCCUCGAUGCGAAGGUCUUGCGAGAACGGCCCUUGUUCAUUUGGUAUGACUACUUCUCCUGCCCACAGCUCGACUUUCACGCUCGGAAGACAGUUCUGCAAGAGGGACUCGGCCAGCAAAGCCAGCUGGCUUCAGCAAUUGGAAGUAUUCCAGCCUAUAUUGGUAGAUGCUCCUUCUUCUUCGCUCUUUGUCCAGUUGUUUACAAUCCGAACCGGUCCAUGGUUUUCACGCCGGCCAGCUGGUCAGACAGGGGGUGGUGCCGCGCUGAACGAGUCUUUCGAGAGCUGUCCUCGGAGUCGUCAUGGAUCAUGGUCAAGAGCCGCACGGAGUUAGAGCUGAUCGCGACACCCGCAGCAUCAAUUGGUGGCUCGCCCGGCGAAGGGACCUUCACGGUGGAUGUGGACCGUCUGCAGCUUGCUCCAGUGGUGUUGCAGUCCGUGAAGCACAGGCUGCUCCUAUACUUGCAGAAUGAGGACCUGGUGGGAUACCGCGUCUGCCUGAAUUUGCAGACCGUGUUUUUGAGGGGCUUCCCAGCGAAUCCUCUUGGCGAUCUGAUUCCCGGCUUUGAUGAAGCAAACCUGGAUUCAGGUUCUCUUGCAGUAUCUCGUUUCCUGUUCCAGAACGGCUUUUCUGCCGUGGGCGACGUUGACUGUCAGGGAUGGUCACCGCUGCACUAUUGCGCUUUGGCAGGGGAUCCGGUGCUGAUCCAGAGUUUGCUCGAACAUCGUGCUCAUCUUGAUCGCUUGACGAGGAAGCCCCAACCCCAAGCAGGGGUGCCACCUCGAACGUCGGCACUGUCCAUCUGCCUCAUGUUCAAACACAACGAGGCGGCCCGCGUACUUCUGGCAGCGAAGGCGCAGGUCGGCAGUGGAAUUCAACCGCCUAUCAGUUUGGCGGCCAUGGCAAACAAUCCGAAAGGUAUUCGCAUUCUUUGCGAGGCCGGCUGUGAGCCUGACACGAAGGACAUCCUGGGCUUCUCUGCCUUUGACGCAGCCUGUGGUGCGGGCAGUCUAGAGGCGAUGCAGGAGCUCCUGACCCAGGCGGAGUACCGAAUCGAUCUCUCCCGGUCCUUCUUCGCCUCCAUGUCCAACAGAGGUGGAAAAGCAGAGCUUGUGGAGCUCCUGAUCAGACUGCGAGCUGACAUGAACACCCCCUUCAAGCAGCGCCUGCUGAGCAUCCACGGCAUCUUGUUUGCUGUGAAAUCCAUGCAAUACCGUUUUGGGAGGCACACAAUUCUUACCAGACUGGCAUACCACGGUCAUGGUGCAACGCCACUAAUGCUUGCGGUCAUGACUGGGCAGUACGAAGGUGCUGCUGCACUCUUAGCCGCGGGUGCAAGUUCGGACACACGCAAUGCACGCAAUCGCACAGUGACAGACUUUGCGCGGGAGCAGUCUGUGCCGCUCUUCUUGAGGGAGGCGCUGGAGGGGCGGACAGAAGAAGCCCGGAAGUUGGUCGCCGUUGCAAUUGCUGGCAACACUUUCCAAAUUUGA